UUGUCCUCUUUUUUAGUGGAUUUUCCAGUCAAAGUCGUACAUUUUCCUUCCUCGCGUUUCACGUCAAUUUAUUGUUUCUACUUCGUUGUUUAUGCAUAUGGCGAUCCUCGUUUAUCCAUAAAAAUCGACUUCAGCAAUGACUCCUUCAGUCCUUCAGGGGAUAGCCUUCAGUCUUUUAACCCUGAUCUGAACGAAUUAUCGUAUCCGAAAUUGGUGACCCUCACUGCAGAAAUGGAGCAGCUUAUACAGGUCUAUAAUGAAAGUUUAGUCGAUGAACUGGCUCAUAGAGAUGAACUGGAAUACGAGAAAGAGAUGAAAAACACGUUCAUAUCAUUGCUUCUUUCAAUUCAGAACAAACGUCGUCAAUUCGUCAACGAGCGAAAAAGGAAGGGGACAAAAAUUGAUCCGCUUCAACUUCCGCAGUAUAUGACGGCAAGUAUUCCAUACAACGACCACCAACAUAUGGAUAAUAACACGCUCGCUUCAUUAAUAAAAAUUCUAAGAGCCAUCAACAACGACAGCUUCACAGUGCCUACACUACUAACAAACUAUAUCUUAACAGGUAACGUUCUAAUAUUAUCAUCAUCCCUCAAACAGCUCAACAAUCCUGCCAGUUUGUUUUUCCAGUGGUGUGUCCAAAGACUGUAA